UGUAAGUUCGCGCGCUAUUUACUUGAAGAUAUUUUAAAGUACAAAUUCCAAGGUCGAAGAAUAUUUUUUUAAAUGAUAAGAAAGAUGCAUUUACGUAAAUCAAUAGAAGAAACAACAAGAUAAUAGAAUUAGACAAAAAAUUAAGAAAUAAAAAAAGAAAAAAAACUUGAUUUUAAAAUUCAAUUGAAUAUGAAUGUAGUUGCCAUGUUUCUACCCCUUCGGUUCGUAAGAGCAAACACACUUUUUAUAAGAACUGCGCCUUGUCAAUUUGGUAGUAACUGUGUCACGUCAUCGUAUCAGUCCAUUGAGAGAUAUCUUACAGGUACUACACUAACAUAUUCAUUUGUGAGAACAUUUUCUAUUUCUUCUGCAAAUAUGACGAAAAUAAAAGUAGGACCUGUUGUAGAUAUUCUUGGUGAUGAGAUGACUCGUGUCAUAUGGGAUUCUAUUAAAGAAAAAUUAAUUUUUCCUCAUUUGGAUAUUGAAUUACAUACUUAUGAUUUAGGUAUGGAAAAUAGAGAUGCCACUGAUGACAAAGUAACAAUUGAAUGUGCUGAAGCUAUUAAACGUUAUAAUGUUGGUAUAAAGUGUGCUACUAUUACUCCCGACGAAAAGAGAGUAGAAGAAUUUAAGUUGAAACAAAUGUGGAAAAGCCCAAAUGGCACUAUUAGAAACAUAUUAGGUGGUACUGUUUUUCGUGAACCUAUCAUUUGUAAAAAUAUUCCUCGUUUAGUCACAAACUGGAAGAAACCAAUUAUUAUUGGCAGACAUGCUAAUGCAGAUCAAUAUAAAGCAACAGAUUUUAUAAUACCAGGACCAGGAAAACUUGAGAUUUCAUGGACUGGUGAAUCUGGUGAAAAUAUUAUACACACUAUUUAUGAAUUUAAGAAUGCUGGUAUAGCACAAGCUCAAUAUAACACAGAUGAAAGUAUACGUGCAUUCGCUCAUAGUUCUUUUCAGUUUGCACUUAACAGAAAUUAUCCUUUAUAUCUCUCUACAAAAAAUACUAUUUUGAAAAAAUAUGAUGGUAGAUUUAAGGAUAUUUUUCAAGAAAUUUAUGAGAAAGAAUAUAAAACUCAAUUUGAAGCAAAAAAACUCUGGUAUGAGCAUCGUUUAAUAGAUGAUAUGGUGGCUUAUGCAAUGAAAUCUGAAGGAGGUUUCGUUUGGUCAUGUAAGAACUAUGAUGGAGAUGUCCAGUCAGAUUCUAUAGCUCAAGGAUAUGGAUCAUUAGGUCUUAUGACAUCUGUACUAAUAUGUCCAGAUGGACGUACAAUAGAAUCAGAAGCAGCUCAUGGUACAGUUACAAGACAUUAUCGCCAACAUGAGCAAGGUAAAGAAACUUCUACAAAUUCUGUUGCAUCUAUUUUUGCUUGGACACGAGGAUUACUUCAUCGUGCUAAACUAGAUAACAAUCAGAAAUUGGAGCAUUUUGCUGAAACUUUGGAGAAAGUAUGUAUCAGUACAAUAGAAUCAGGUUUCAUGACAAAGGAUCUGGCUAUCUGUAUUAAAGGAGUACAUAAUAUUAGCAGAAGUGACUAUUUAACAACAUUUGAAUUUAUAAAUAAAAUUGCUGAAAAUUUAAAAAAAGAACUGGCUACUGCUUGACUAUAUUGUCAUGAAUCACAGCAAAUUUUAUAUGCAAAGUAUUAAAAUCAUAGUUGCAUUUGUCAUGAAUAUAAAGAAUGAUCAAAGUAUAUUCAGUUACUGUUAAAUAGCUAUUAUUUCUAUGAAAUUAACAAGGUAAUAUAUACGCGUGGUUUUGGAAUAGUAUUUAAAAUGUGUAAUAUUCUAUAUUCAAUAAAUAAACUGUAAAUGUUGUACAAUA